AAUCGGUGUGGAGCUUUAAGAAACGUCACUAACAAACAACUUUUUCUGCAAUUAAGCAAACUUUUUUUGUGUGUUAUUCCAUAAAAUUUAGUUUUUAUGUGUGGGUAAUAAACUAAAUUUUAUCAAAUAACACUCAAAAAACAAUUAUGUCACAACUAAAUAGUUGUUUUGAUGAAUAAAUACUAUAACAAAUGUAUUGCUCAUUGAGUCAAUGGAUGAACUAAUGGAACCUUAUAAGAGAUCAUAUUUUUUUCAAACAAAGUGCAUAUGAAUACUUAAAUGUGUUUCAAUAAUAUAAAAUACUGAAUGUGUGUACAUAUUUUUAUUUUUUACUUAAAAUGUGACUAUUUUUGGAAAACAAAAUCAUGGUGGGUCAGUAAUACUGGUAAAAGUUGGCUUGGCUUCAUUGAGAAAUGUGCAAAUAUUGGGAUUCUGUCCUUUUCAAUGAUUGAAACUUCCUUCCAGCUCGAAAGUCACUGGAGUCCGAGCUGAACAAAGCCGUCAUUGACCGGCAGUGAGGGCAGAGACUGGUGACAGAGGUGUACUCCACUAUCACUGAUUAGAAAGCCGAGAAAUAUGUGUUCCUCCCACGUCCGAGAGAUUGCACAUUAUUUCUGAAAAGGAAAUGAAAGAAUUGGUCUCGUUUAUUGACCUGCGGCUUAUGCGCGCGUCUGCUUCCCCUCCGUCUUGACCGUCGACUGCAUUAAACUUUGUUCUCGGUAAAGUUAUUCAUAUCAAAGGAUAGUAAAAUGGAGGAAGGUUUUCUUCAAAAUGUGUUGCGCUUCUACGGUGAAAACGGCUCUCUGUCCACGGGAAACCUGGAGAACUUUCUGCAGCUGAUGACCAUCCGCCGCGCGGCGUCCGUCGAUGAUGACCGCAAUCCUCUGAAGAACACUGAGUGUCCAUCAUUGACAGAGCUGCUGUCCGUCUUUGGGUUGGGUAAUGCUUCUGCGGUCAGUCUCGGUGAUCUGGAGACGAUGUGUCCAGCUAUUCUCAAUCAGGUCCUUCUCCCUGCCUGUCCUUACACCUUCCCCUCAAACCUUAAUGAAUCCGCGUCCUUACCGGAUCACAAAGUUUGGGGUUAUGGGUUCCUGGCUGUGACCGUGAUAAACUUGGCGGCUCUGCUGGGUUUAUUUCUGGUGCCUGUGACGAAAAAAUCAUAUUUUCCAAAAGUCUUGACGUACUUCAUUGGACUGGCCAUCGGGACACUGUUUUCAAACGCUGUACUGCAACUUAUCCCAGAGGCCCUUGGCUUAGAUCCCAGAGAUGAUGACUAUGUGCUAGACGUAGUUGGGAUCUUUGGCGGGUUUUACAUUUUGUUCUUCACUGAACGAGUUUUAAAGAUGCUCCUGAAAGCAGAUCCAGAGCUCGGACACAGUCAUUUCCCUCCCCUGCAGUCAUCUGAUGAUGUCACCAUCUCCACCUUCAGCAACGACAUCAUCAUAAGCAACAUCAGCGGCGACAUCAUUGCAAACAACACUAAUCAUGAGACGAACCCUGUCAAUGAAAAGUCCACCAACCCAUGUGAGAGUCCACCUGCUGAACAGAAUGCUUGUGUUUUAGCUUGUCGCUGGAUUAAAGGGGCUGGAAUGUCGAACAUAAAGACUACGGCGUGGAUGAUCACCGUCAGCGAUGCCGUACAUAACUUCAUAGACGGUCUGGCCAUCGGAGCGUCCUUCACAGUCUCUCUGCUCACGGGCUUCAGCACCUCCAUCGCCAUCUUCUGUGAAGAGUUCCCUCAUGAGCUGGGUGAUUUUGUGAUUCUGUUGAACUCGGGCAUGAGUGUCGGUCAGGCUGCGUGUUUUAACAUGCUGUCGGCGAUGUGCUGUUAUCUGGGUCUGGCGCUGGGGAUCCUGCUGGGCAGCAGUUUUGCUCCAAAUGCCAUCUUUGCCAUUGCUGGAGGAAUGUUCCUCUACAUCUCCCUCGCAGAUAUGUUCCCAGAGAUGAACAGCAUCAUGGCGGCACACACCAGAGGCUAUCGAGGAAGGGUCGUGUUCUUCCUGAUCCAAAAUGCUGGGCUGCUCACCGGAUUCACUAUAAUUCUGCUCAUUACCCUGUUUGCUGGAGAUAUCAAUCUGGGGUAGAAAGAAAGAAUCGCACGAAAACAACAUGAAAAACAAAGGACAAUUGUUUUCAGUGCCAGAAACCAAAACCUGUUGGUUUUUCUGUUUGUAUAUUAGACUCGUAUAGUGUGAUGGGAAAAAUGUGACACAAUCAUAUAAUCCUGGAAGACAUGAUUUUUGUGAUGUUGUUUAAAGAGAUUUUUUGUUGAUUGUCUGAUGUGAGCUGUGUGUGGAGGAAUUCCUCUGAACGCCGGCGCUGAAGCACACAGUCUUUAACCGAAGGAUAUGAAGGUGAAGAUCAUUGAUGUGUGUCUUUCUACAGCUCGUUUCAUUGGAGGGAAAAUCUGUGUAUUCAAACCUUGUUUUAUAUAUAAUAAAGUGCUGGGGUUAUAAUAUUGGGUCAAAAGGUUUCACUGUUAACAAAGUACAUAUUCUUUAUUUUUCAGGUAAUUCAGUAUUGUUCAAAAGUUUGGGGUCAGUAAGAUUUUUUUAAUGUUUUAAAAGAAGUAUCUUCUGCUCACCAAGCCUACAUUUAUUUGAUUAAAAAU